AUGUUACCAAGGUCGGAAAAUGAUAAAAAUUUUUAUAGCGGUAUUAAAAGGACGCUUGAAAGUAAUGAUACUUCUGAUCGUUCAAGGGCGGCGCGUUCAAAUGAUCCGCCGUCCGAAAAGGACCAUCAUGAACAAGAGGAAAAUCCAGUUCAAUCAAGUGUCUUACAUUCAGAUAAUGGGGAUCAUACAAAUCUUGUCGCAAACAAAGAAUCAAAUUCAGCACCGAUAACUUAUAAUAAACUACCACAAUUUAAAAUUACUACCAGACCCCCUUUCCCGCCGACCAUUGAUCCUAAAGAUUUAGUUAAUGACCUAUUUAAAAGAAAGUCACAGCCACCAAAAAUGCUGAAUGAAUUUUUUAUCUAUCGUAAAGCUUUUGUUCAAGAACUCAAAAAACAAAGGCUGCGAGUAAAAAUGACGCUGGUGUCAUCUCAAGCGUCUAUUUAUUGGCAUCAAGAAACUUCACAAGUUAAAGAAGAAAGAAUGUAUAUGCAGGAAUAUAAAAAAAGACAACAGCAAAUUUCAAAUCUUGCGGUAAAUUCAGCAAACACCUUUAAUACUUCGAUAUCUUCUGCAAUUUCCUCUACCUCUGCGACUUCUGCCUCGACCGCUCCUGCAUCAGGCUCUAAGGAUGCUAAAUCUACUUUGAAAAUCAAUCCAUCAGCUGCUAUGUUCAACAAUACACUUGUGCCGACCGCGUCUGUCCAUCCAAAUAGACCUUUUUUAAAUAAUAGUAGUGUAUAUUUUUUCGAAUUAAACUUUUACAAGGGUCUCAUGAACAAUUUAAUUAAUUUUUCACCUUAUGAUACUUCAGACUACAUUCAAACAUUAUCAGCGCGAGAUAUGUAUGAUCAGAGUCAAAACACGUUACACUCUAACAUAACAGAUGAUCCUUCAUUCAGGCCGAUCAACUUCGAUUUCUCUCUGGGAAUUUGGAGGAGCUACGAUCAACCACUAAACGUAACACAAGCCGGACAAUUUCGAUACGAUUCACCUAAUUUAUCUGUCGAUAAUAUUAUCACACCUAUUAUUGUACCUUCUCAAAGGGACCUGCCCGAUCCGACAACGGAAAACGAGCCCACAACUCAGGAAACACAAGAACAACAAUCUUCUCACUUCAUGGCUAAGAAAUAA